GGCCCCGCCCAGCCAUGGCGCGCGAGGAGAACGUGGAUUCAGCGCGCCUGCUGCGGAGUUUCGAGCGCCGCUUCCUGGCGACGCGCGGGCUGCGUUCCUUUCCCUGGCAGAGCCUAGAAGAGAAAUUAAGAGACUCGGGUUCUGAGCUGCUGCUGGAUAUUUUGCAGAAGACCGUGAAACAUCCUCUGUGUGUGAAGCAUCCACCAUCGGUGAAGUAUGCCCGGUGCUUUCUCUCGGAGCUCAUCAGAAAGCAUGAAGCUAUCCACGCGGAGCCUUUGGACGAGCUGUACGAGGCAUUGGCGGAGGUUCUGACAGCUGAGGAGCCCACCCAGUGCCAUCGGAGCUAUCUACUGCCUUCUGGAGACUCGGUCACGCUCUCUGAAAGCACAGCCAUUGUUUCCCACGGCACCACCGGCCUGGUCACAUGGAAUGCUGCACUGUACCUCGCAGAAUGGGCCAUAGAGAACCCAGCAGUCUUCACUCACAGGACUGUCUUAGAACUCGGCAGUGGAGCUGGCUUCACAGGCCUGGCCAUUUGCAAGAUGUGCCGUCCCAGAGCAUACGUCUUCAGUGACUGUCACAGCCGUGUCCUCAAGCAGCUCCAAGGGAACAUCCUUCUCAACAGCCUCUCAUUGGAGCCAGACGCCACCACCCCUGUGCAGCACCAAGGACACGAUACCCACAAUUCAGAGAACCCCAGGGUGACAGUGGCCCUGCUGGACUGGGACACUGUGACAGCCCCUGAGCUCGCUGCCUUCCAGCCAGACAUUGUCAUCGCAGCAGAUGUGCUGUAUUGCCCAGAAACUAUCCUCUCCCUGGUCGGGCUCCUGCAGAGGCUCUCUGCUUGCCAGAAGGACCAGCGGGCUCCUGACGCCUAUGUUGCCUUCACCAUCCGCAACCCGGAGACGUGCCAGAUGUUCACCACCGAGCUGGGCCACGUUGGGAUCCCAUGGGAAGCCGUGCCUCGCCACGACCAGAAACUGUUUCCUUAUGAAGAGCACUCAGAGACAGUGAUUCUGAAACUAACACUGUAGGUUCAUACACGUCUUUGAAGAUCACCAUGAAAAUCAAAUCCCUGUCCCAGAAGGAAUUUUUAUGUGGGAAAGCUGAUAAAACUUUCAUUGGACUUGAAUGUUUGAAGGAUGUUAAAUUCCAAGUCAGGAACCACAGACUGUUCUAACAAAAUAAAAAACUGUUCAAGUG